UUAGUCUGUAUGAUGCCCACGAAAAUUCUAGAAUAACAUACGAGAAUCGAGACCCGAGAAUUACCGAGUACAGGAUGAAAGUAACGCAAGUAAACUAAACGCCAGUAAGUGAAGAGCCAUCGUCCUAAAGAUACGUCUUGACUUGUGGUGUCGGAAGGGUUCUAUGGUGACUUGUAAACAUGGUUGACUACAGCAAGUGGAAAGAUAUUGAAAUUUCAGAUGAUGAAGACGAUACACACCCAAAUAUUGACACACCCUCACUAUUUCGAUGGCGUCAUCAAGCCAGAUUAGAACGAAUGGCUGAGAAGGAGCAAGAAAUAACUAAAGUGAAGAAGGAGAAAGAAGAGUAUGAGAAUCAAGUGAAGAAACUUAAAGAAAAGUUAGGAGGAGGAGGAGGAGGGGGCAGAGGAGGAGGAGACUCAACUGAUAUGCAAGAUGUCAAGAAGGCACUUCUAGAGCUGGAAAAGAAAGGCGAGGAAAUUCUUAAAAAGCAGAAGGAAUUAGAAAAAAAGGAAAAGCUUGAACCAUGGAAUGUUGAUACCAUCAGCAGUGAUGGAUUCAGCAAAACAAUCAUUAAUAAGCCAGCCAAGGGGAAGGAGGAUGAGUUAUCUGAAGAAGAGAGGGAGAAGCGAAUGAAAGAAUUUGUUAAGAAGAAUGAAGUAAAUAUCAAGAAAUAUGGCAUGUUUAGAAAUUUUGAUGAUUCUCGAAGAUUUCUUAUGGAACACACAGAGCUAGCCUGUGAAGACACAGCCAAUUAUCUUGUUAUUUGGUGCAUCAACUUAGAAAUGGAAGAAAAGCAUGAUUUGAUGUCCCAUGUUGCUCAUCAGACCAUAUGUAUGCAGUUUAUUUUAGAAUUAGCUAAACAGUUAGAGAGGGACCCUCGGUCAUGUAUUUCUGCAUUUUUCCAUAGAAUUCAGCAAGCUGAAGCAGAAUACAAGAAAGCAUUCACAGAUGAAUUAGAAGCCUUUAAAGACAGAGUAAAAAAACGAGCAGAACAGAAACUUGAGGAUUUAAUGAAGGAGGCUGAAGAAGAGGAGCGCCAAGCCCGUCUUGGGCCAGGUGGACUUGAUCCUCUUGAAGUGUUAGAGGCACUCCCUGAGGAACUUAAAGCAUGUUUUGAAAGUCAAAACAUAGAGUUACUUCAGACAACAAUAGCGAAGAUGAAUCCUGAGGAUGCGGCUUAUCAUAUGAAACGUUGUGUGGACUCUGGAUUAUGGGUUCCUGAAGCAAAGAAUGCAGAAUAGUUGUUAUUAUAAACUGUCAUCUUUGACCCUCUAUGAUUAAGCAACCAAAAGCCUGAUAGUACUACAAGACUAGUCAAGCGUAAUGGACUUUGAGCUCAUUUUUAUUACGUUCAUCGUUAGCAAGACGUAUACUGUACUUUUGACCAAGGUUUAGUUUUUAAUUAUUUUACUUAAUGUUGAUUGUCUCUAGCACAGAAUGUUGGACAGUUUUUGAGCAGGUUCGUAAAUGAAAUAGCUCCUGAUAUUUUCAUUAUAAAAUUAACUUGGGUCUACAUCUGCAAUUCAUUCAGUUUUGGUAUUAUCUUACUUGCAUUUUUAUAGAUAUAUGUACUUCCAGGCUAUUUAUAUGUGUGAUGCUUUUCCUGAAAGAUUAACAGAACAUAAGUAGCAUACAAUUAACAUAGUAAUUUUCUUUGCUCAGUAUUUUGUUACACAACUUAAAUAUUUAUACCUUAGAUUUUUAUUGCAAGGUUUAAGAUGGUUAUAACCGUUAUCCCAACUGUCUUCACAUUUUUCUUAUACCUUGAAUUAUUCAUUCCAUGUCUCUUUCUAAAUUUUCUUUUUUUUUAUUUACAGUUUGUCUUAACUUAGUAUUCAUUAUUAUUUUACAUUUCCUGAUUUAGUAAUUUAAUUAAUUACAAUUUUUGUCUACUAAACACUUUAUACAAUACAUAAUUAUAGUUUGUAGUCACAUCAUUGUUGUUACCUCAGGGUUCACCCUCAAAAUGUUGACAUCAUUUUUAAUUUUAAAUUUAAGUAUGUGAAUUUAAAUUUCAGUGUGUGAAUUUAAAAAUUUUUAUGCUUUUAUCUUCAUAAUGUUACCAAUAUAUUUUAUCUGGAUAGAACAGCCAAAGGUUUUGUUAAACAUUAUUUUUGAAGUUCUGAACCUUUUGCAUUAUUUAAUAGUGAUUAACCUGUCUUUUAGUUAAUUAUUUUGUCAGCAACCAUUAUCAUAAUUGACAGUUUUUGGAGUAGUUCCUCACAAUGUGGUGUAUGCUCACUUGCCUUACCUUUUUUGUCGUCAUGCAUGUGGAGACCAUUAGGUGUGAACUAUCUGUAUAUAUAUAUAGCUAUACAUAAAAAAAAUUUCAUUUUUUUUUUUUAUUCCUCAGUUGAUAUUUCAUUGUGCCUCAUGAAAUAUCUGAUGUUGUGCAGAUGAUUUACUAUUAGCCAUACUGCAUUUACAUAAAGCGUAUACCUUUUCAUACUCAUCUCAUUCUAAGACGUAGCUAAUUUAUCUGAACUUUUCUCAUCCUCUUUCUUUAUGCAUAUUGAAAUGUUUUGUCUUAUGCUUUCAAAGUUUUUAUUCCAUGCAGUGAGUAAAUAUAAGUACUGGUACCUUC